GUCGCGCACUUGGGUCGGUGAGCGAGCGAGAGGACAAAAUGGAAAGUUUAGCUUCGGAAUCGUCGAUAAAAUUAGUUGUCAAAACGCCAAAUCAAACAAUAAAAGACAUCGAAGUUAGCUGUCUUUUGGACUGGACUGUCGAGAAGCUAAAGAGCCAUUUAUCGUUGGUUUACCCGACGAAACCGGCCCGAAGCAGUCAGAAAAUCAUAUAUUCUGGAAAGUUGCUUCACGACCACAUCAUUUUGAAAGAUGUACUGCAAGAGGGUGAAGGUAGCCAUCAGACUGUACAUCUAGUAUGUACACCAUCAUCAUCAGAUCUCAAAACAUCCAAAACGACAACUUCAGCCUCAAAUAUGCCGACAAGUUCCAGCCCCCAAGUCACCUCAACACCAUCGACAACUACAAUGACGCAAGGUUCAACUGAACCUGAUGGCGUAAGACAUCGACGGAAUCAUCCAUUUGCCCAGCAUCCAUUUCACAACUUACAUCAUUUUGGACACCUACCUCACUUUCCACAAGCAAACGUAGAAGCAAACGUGGCAGGCCACUAUAUGUUUCCACAAGGUUACCAUGUGUUCCCACAAGGUCACCAAAUGUUCCCACCAACUCAUCCUCAUAUGUAUCCAAAUGCUCAGUAUUUUGGUACACAUAGUUUACAUUAUGCUGCCCAACAUAUGGCACACAUGCAUUGGAUGCAACAAAUGGCAAUGCAAAGAAAUAUGCAUAGGUUACCUGUAGUGCACCCAAAUAUACCACCUCAGCAGGAAAACAUACCUGCUCCAGUGCAGCAAGUAAAUCAGCCUGUUGAUGCUGCUCCCCCCGCAGCCCAAGUUCCCCCAGCGCAAGAGAGGCGAGAAAACCCCGCACAGAAUCAAAACAUGGUCAUGAAUGCGAACGCAGGUGGUGGAAUGAUGCAGGGCGAAGAUGAAGAGGAAAAUGGACAGCGUGAUUGGUUGGACUAUGUCUACAUGGCCGUCCGUAUUUCUAUGCUGAUGAGCAUCUUCUGGUUUUAUUCAUCUGCGGAGAGGUUGAUAAUUAUGGGACUUGUUGUAUUCAUUGUUUGGCUGGUCCAAUCUGGUGUGUUAAAUUUAAACAGAGCUCCAAUAAACAGACAACAAGAGGUGCAAAUCAAUCAAGCUAAUAAUAACGCUGCUGAAAGACAGGAGCAGGGGGAAGAACAGGGUACAGAGGAAGGUGAGGUGAUAGAACAGGACAGUGAGAGUGAAUUCUCAGAAUCCCAGACUGAGGAUGAAACAGACAACACGAACAACAAUAAUGAGACACAUCCUGGAUAUUUUUUUGUCUGGUAUAAUUUUUUCGUGACAUUUUUUACGUCGCUUGUACCGCAAGCACCUGGAGCUAUUGCCCAACCAUAGACAGAGUAUUUGCCCCUCGAUAUUUAAUAAAAGAAACACUCGGUUCUUGGUAAGAUGACCUGAAGAUGAAGAUGGGAUGAGACAAUGUGUCAUUGACUUCUAUUCGGGUGAUUUUUGAAGUAUUUGUGUCGAAAAAACUUGAACUAUAAAUGGCAACAGGACGAACCUGUAUGUAUUAUACACCAUAGUUCCCACGGAUUUGUAAUUUUUAUCGUUGUUUGUCAUCUCUCUUAUCUACAACAAACGCAGACAAUCUUCACACAGUGAUCCAGUAUUUAUCACCCAUUUGUUUAAAAACGGCAGAUGGUAGCCAACUGAUCUCUAUUCGCCAUCGUGAGGGGCAGAAUACCCGAGAAUACUUACCC